GACCAAGGACAGCCGCUCGCGCUGAGCAUCAGGUCAUUGGAUCCUCAGCAAAGCAGAGCCUCGGACGGGAGUCGUGACAAGGAGACAUGCAUCUCUCAAAGACAAAGAAAACACAAGCUCUCCCAAAACUGUUUGUAGGCCAAUAAUAUAUAUAUAUAUUUUUUGUUGUUGUUGUUGCGUCAAUGAAAAUCAACAGGAUUUACCCACCACAAAGCAAAUGUGUUAUUGUCUCUUUUUUUAUGGGAGUGUAAUGCAGGUUUAGAGAUCAGCUGGAGAAAAAACGCAUGAUGCACAUUCCUCGACAGGGCGGACUAAUGUAAUUGCAUUCCACUGGUAUUGCUGUUAGCACAGGGUCGAGAGGACGCGUGAUCCAUGAGGAUCGGUUAGCUGGGCUGGCUACGACGCACAUCCAUUCAACAGGAGACUCUGUCUGGCAGCUGUGUCGAUGUCAAAAUGCGUGUAUUUCUGCUUGCGUUUUUCAUCUCCUGCUCCUGUGCGGGUGGUGGAUGUGAACCCAAGAUUGUCAAUAUCGGAGCGGUCCUGAGCCAGAAGAGGUAUGAACAGGUGUUCAAGGACGCCGUCACCCAGGCAAACACUCUGUAUGGGAAAGAUAAGUUCAAGAUGAACGCCAUCUCUGUCACUCAUAAACCCAAUGCAAUUCAGAUGGCUCUCUCCGUCUGCGAGGACCUCAUCUCGAACCAGGUGUAUGCCAUUCUGGUGAGCCACCCGCCUCAGUCGAAUGACCAUCUGACCCCCACACCCGUGUCCUACACCGCAGGGUUCUACCGUAUCCCUGUGGUUGGGCUCACCACCCGCAUGUCCAUCUAUUCGGACAAGAGCAUCCACCUGUCUUUCCUGCGUACCGUGCCCCCCUACUCCCACCAAGCCCAGGUGUGGUUCGACAUGAUGAGAGAGUUCCGCUGGAACCACAUCAUUCUGAUAGUGAGCGACGACCACGAGGGCCGCGCUGCCCAGAAGAGGCUGGAGACCCUGUUGGAGGAGAGGGAGACCAAGAAUAAAAACAAGAACUAUGAAAACCUCGACCAACUGUCCUAUGACAACAAGCGAGGACCCAAGGCAGAGAAAGUUCUCCUGUUCAGCCAAGACACCAACCUGACAUCCAUGCUGCUGGAGGCCAAGGACCUGGAGGCUCGCGUCAUCAUCCUCUCUGCCAGCGAGGAUGAAGCGGCGUCGGUCUACAAAGCUGCGCGCCAGCUCAACAUGACGGGUUCUGGCUACGUGUGGCUGGUUGGAGAGAGGGAGAUGUCUGGUAAAGCUUUGAGUGAAGCACCAGAUGGCUUGCUCGGCCUUCAGCUCAUCAACGGCAAGAACGAGUCGGCGCAUAUCAACGAUGCCGUGGCCGUGGUGGCACAGUCCAUCCAAGAGCUUUUUGAGAAGGAGAACAUCACAGAACCGCCUCGCGGUUGUGUAGGCAACACAAACAUCUGGAGGACUGGACCGCUCUUCAAACGAGUGCUGAUGUCAUCCAAGUACCCAGAUGGCCUGACAGGACGCAUCGAGUUUAAUGACGAUGGUGACAGGCGGUUUGCUACCUACAGCAUCCUCAACUACCAAAAGACCAGGCUGGUGCAAGUGGGCAUUUUCAACGGCACCCAAGUGGUGAUGAAUCCGCAGAGGAAGAUCAUUUGGCCAGGAGGAGAGACGGAGAAGCCAAGAGGAUACCAGAUGUCUACCAGACUAAAGAUAGUAACCAUUCAUCAGGAGCCAUUUGUCUAUGUCCAACCCACAACAAGUGAUGGAACUUGCCAAAAAGAAAAAACUGUAAAUGGACUUAAAGAUGUCCAAAAAGUUAUAUGCACUGGCCCCAAUGGAACCAUCCCAGGACAGCCUAUAGUACACCAAUGCUGCUACGGCUUUUGCAUUGACCUCUUGAUUAAACUAGCGGAUACCAUGAACUUCACCUAUGAGGUUCAUCUGGUGGCUGAUGGGAAGUUUGGUACACAGGAGCGGGUAAACAACAGCAACAAGAAGGAGUGGAACGGCAUGAUGGGAGAACUCCUGGGUGGCCUGGCAGACAUGAUUGUGGCGCCGCUCACGAUCAACAAUGAACGCGCCCAGUACAUCGAGUUCUCAAAACCCUUUAAGUACCAGGGGCUUACCAUCCUCGUGAAAAAGGAAAUACCACGCAGUACUUUGGAUUCGUUCAUGCAGCCCUUUCAGAGCACCCUGUGGCUGCUGGUGGGUCUAUCGGUCCAUGUGGUGGCGGUGAUGCUCUACCUAUUAGACCGGUUCAGCCCAUUUGGAAGGUUUAAAGUGAAUAGCGAAGAAGAAGAAGAGGACGCCCUCACCUUAUCCUCCGCCAUGUGGUUCUCUUGGGGAGUCCUUUUGAACUCCGGGAUUGGAGAAGGAGCACCCCGGAGCUUUUCAGCAAGGAUCUUAGGUAUGGUGUGGGCUGGAUUUGCCAUGAUCAUUGUGGCAUCCUACACAGCCAAUCUGGCAGCCUUCCUAGUGUUGGACCGGCCUGAGGAGCGCAUCACCGGCAUCAAUGAUCCCAGGCUGCGAAACCCAUCAGACAAGUUCAUCUACGCCACAGUGAAGCAGAGUUCGGUGGACAUCUACUUCCGGCGCCAAGUGGAGUUGAGCACCAUGUACCGCCACAUGGAGAAGCACAACUACGAAAGCGCUGCUGAGGCCAUCCAAGCUGUGCGCGACAACAAACUGCACGCGUUCAUCUGGGACUCUGCCGUCCUGGAGUUUGAGGCAUCACAGAAGUGUGACUUGGUGACAACGGGAGAGCUGUUCUUCCGCUCCGGCUUCGGCAUUGGCAUGCGGAAGGACAGCCCUUGGAAGCAAAACGUUUCCCUGUCCAUUCUUAGCUCUCAUGAGAAUGGGUUCAUGGAGGAACUAGAUAAAACCUGGGUGAGAUACCAGGAGUGUGACUCCAGGAGUAAUGCCCCAGCCACCCUCACUUUUGAGAACAUGGCAGGUGUGUUCAUGUUGGUUGCUGGGGGUAUCGUUGCUGGAAUCUUCCUCAUCUUUAUUGAGAUUGCGUAUAAGCGCCACAAAGAUGCCCGCAGGAAGCAGAUGCAGCUGGCCUUCGCUGCGGUCAACGUGUGGAGGAAGAACCUACAGGAUAGGAAAAGUGAUAGAGCAGAGCCUGACUCCAAACAGAAAACCUCUUUUAGGUCCAUCAGUACCAACCUGGCCUCCAACAUCAAGAGACGUAGGUCCUCCAAAGACACGCCUUAUCCCACGGACAUCACAGGCCAGCUCAACUUGUCAGACCCCUCUGUCAGCACGGUGGUGUGAGAGAUUGAGAGAGAGAAAUGAGAGGACUGAAAUGAGAGAGAGGAUCCUGGUUUGGAGACAGAAGCUGGUCCAUUGCUGCUACGCCACCUGAGCCAUUGCCCAUCCUGUCCUCUAUCUACCCACAUAGAACGUGUGUUCUGCUCAUUCCCCACCAAACACGACAGGCAGGAACUGGAUAACUGACAUCCCACUGACAAACUGUGCCAAUUCACAAUGGAGCCAAACCACCUGUUUUUUCCCACACAGAGGCCUGACCCAGCACAAUGAUAGCUUUAGGUUUAUUUUUAUAAUCUGCCUGCUAGAGUCGUGUAGUUGUUUACUUUACGUGUGAAACAACAAGAAAUAUAUACAUUUUCUGAUCAUGUCAUUCGCAAUACAUCGUCAUGCACUGUGUUUCUGAUUUCAAUAAGCGAUAGAUUUAACAGAUCAUGUUUAAGAGUAUUUUGUGAUGUCAGUGUCUUACUACCUCCACUUAUUUAGACAAACCUUAGACAUGUAGGCUACUGUAGUUAGAUGUAUUUGACAUUGUAUUUUCAUAAGGUUUUCCUGUGUUCCAUUUAUCAACAGGUUUUUGUUAGCUUUAGCUAAUACGGUGUAGUGUGGGACAAUAACAAUGGACAAGUUGUCAAUUUAUAAAUUAGCAGCAUACAGCUAUGUUAAUAUCUAAGUGUAAAUCCGAGUUAAGCACACUUUGUCCAUUGUAGCACUCAUAUCAGCUGCAAUCCCUUUCUUUAGCUAUAGAUGUCUUUCUUAGCCCCUUUUAUGUGUUAAUUUACUUCAUUCUCUGUGGUAGUACAGCAUUGAUUGCUUGGCAGACUAUUCUCAGCAUUCAACAAUACUACAAUGUUUCUGAGCCAAACGUCUUUGGCAUGACAUCGGUGAAGGAGUUGCCAUCAACAGAAAUAGACCGUAACCACUAGUGCUGUAGGCUAUGUUGUUGUUCAUUCAAGAAAAUUGCUCUCUACAUUUGUUGGUUUGACAGUGUUACAUGGUCAUUAAUGCAAAUCAAUUUAUCAGUCAACAUCAAGUCUCUCUAUAUAGCCUAUAUAGUGCCUUCAGAAAGUAGUCAUACCCCUUAUUCCAAAUUUUGUCUUGUUACAGCCUGAAUUCAACAUUUAUUUAAAAAAAAAAAUUCUCACCCAUCUACACACGAUACCCCAUAAUGACAAAGUGAAAACAUGUUUUUAGACAUUUUUGCAAAUGUAUUGUAAAUGAAAUACAAAAAUAUCUAAUUGCCAUAAGUAUUCACACCCCUGAGUCAAUACUUUGUUGAAGCACCUUUGGCAGCGAUUACAGCUAGGAGUCUUUCUGGGUAAGUCUCUAAGAGCAUUCCAC